UCCACCAGAUUAUAACAUGGGGCUGGCGUCGGUUGGAGUAAGAGAAGAUAUCCAUUUCUGGCGGUUGACUGAGAUGGCUUUAGCCUCAACGGUAACCCCUUGGGUUUAUGCUUCAAUGAGCUCCAGAACCAGCAGCCUUUUGCCUCUCAAAGGCCCACUUCGUUACCAAUAUCACUCCUUCUCAACCUUUGCUUCAAGAAAAUGCAAUUUAAAUUUUAGGAGAUCAAUUACAGAGAAUGUAGCAAGAAAAGUAUCAUGUAACCUACUGAAAGUUGAAGAUGGCAUAGAUGACGAGGCAUGUGAAUUAGUCAAUGGAGUAGAACUUUCAAUUGGGGAUGGUGCUGAUAGCAUCGACGCUUAUCUCUUCAAGGCAGUUAAAAAUAACAAUGGAACUGGCAUUCUGCUCUUGUCUGAUAUUUUUGGGUUUGAAGAUUCUUCCACCAGAGACUUUGCAUAUCGUGUUGCUUGCAAUGGCUACAAUGUUCUGGUUCCAGACUUAUUUCGUGGAGAUCCAUGGGCUAAGGACCGGCCAAAGACUAUGUUUGAGCAAUGGAUUUCCAUACAAGACACCCAGAGGGUUGCAAAAGACAUUGCAACAUCAACAAAAUGGAUGGUUGAUGAAUUUGUGGCUGCAGGAAUCUCAAAGAAGCUUGGCAUAAUUGGUUUUUGCUUUGGAGGAGGCCGAGUGAUUGAGGUGCUAGCAGAAGACCAGGGUGCUUCUUUUGGCGUUGGGGUCUCGUUUUAUGGUACCAGGAUGGACACAUCUAUAGCUUCUAAAAUAAAUGUUCCUGUAUUGUUUAUCUCAGGGGACAAUGAUCCACUUUGUCCAGUUAGUGCCUUGAAGGAUGUGGAGAAGAGGAUAGGCGAGGGAGCUAGGGUUUUUCUUUUCAGGGAAAGAGGCCAUGGCUUUGCCCACAGGCCUCAGUCUCCUGAAGAAGAUGGAGAUGCAGAACAGGCUUUCAUGGUCAUGAGAAAUUUUCUGCAUGAUGGCUUGGUUGUAAACAACUGAAUGCUUGUUUGCUUUAUAUGUCUCGUGUAUCUAUCUUUACAGUUGAGGCUAAUGCUAGUGCAGGCUUGCAGCUGAUGGUAAUGAUAGCUUGUAUUCUAUGUCAUUCUGUAAUCAAAAGCAUGGUUUUAAGAUGCCAUAGCCCUUGUACAAGGCAA